CCGCAGAAGUGCAGGCAUUAGGUUUUUUCCUGCACAACCAAAACGCUGUCAAAGCACAUUCAGCACUUCAGCAAGAAUCAUGGCAGAUACCAGCAAAACUGAGAAAGUGCAGCUCCACACCCCGGCUUUAGAGGAGCUACGUGGAGUAUUGCAGACAGGACUGGGAAGCAACUUUGCAGAAGUUCAAGUGAGUGUCGUGGAAUGUCCAGAUCUUACCCAGGAUCCUUUCCGGUUUCCUGUCAAGGGGCUUUGUGGAAAUCCUCGCAUUACUGAUGUUGGAGGUGUACCGUAUCUCAUCCCUUUGGUUCAAAAGCAUAAGGAAUACAACAUGAACACAAUAUCAAAGGAGCUGGAGCUGCCAGGAGCUUUCAUCCUGGGUGCAGCAGCUGCCCCCUCCAGAAUUGUUGGAAUGAAUGCAGAGCUGAUGCCUCUGGUUCUCACUGAAGUACAGGGAAGGCCUGCGGUGAACAGCAGCUACUUUUCCUCCAUCAACCCAGCCGAUGGGCAGUGUCUGCAAGAAAAAUACAGCGACAAAUUCUCUGACUGCAACUUUGGACUUCUGGGCAAUCUGUAUGCUUGUGAAGGGAAACCUGGAAAAGUUAUAGAAGUUCGGGCCAAGAAGAGAACCGGCAGCCACAGUCUGGUGACGGCCCUGAGGACGACUCUUGAAACUCACUACCCUGAUAAAAGCCUUGCACUUGGAGGAACCUUCAUCAUCCAGAAAGGGAAGGCUAAAAUCCACAUCAUGCCAAGAGAGUUCUCGCCCUGCCCCCUCAACUCCAACGAUGAUGUCAACAACUGGCUCAAGCACUUUGAAGUCAGCGCUCCGCUCAUCUGCCAGUCAGUGCUGGUAUCCAGAGACCCUGGCUUGGACCUGCGUGUGGAGCACACCCACUGCUUCAGCCACCAUGGUGAAGGUGGUCACUACUACAUUGACACCACCCCUGACAGUGUGGAGUACCUGGGAUACUUCAUGCCCGCAGAGUUUGUCUAUCGUGUCGACAGGCCCAAAGAGACACACAAAGUCGGCCGAGACUGAAAAGAAUGAUUAGUCAUAUCUGUUACCUAUAUGAACUCAAACUCACGAUAAACAUAGUUUAAAUCAUUUCAGAUCAGGACUUGUGUUUCACAUAUUUCAAAAUUACAACUCCAAAUAAAGUUUUCUUCUGAAAAAAGGUAUCACCUAAAAUAUGUAUGACUCUUGCAUUAAAGUCACAUUUGAAUAAUAUUG